AUGCUCGUAGACAAGAUGAAUGGGCGCGAAGACGCAGUGAACGCAUUCAUCUUGGCUUGGACAGUCGUCAUGGCGUCGAAAGGCAUACCCAGGAAAGUUCUGCCACCAUUCUUCAAUGUCCGCGCAUGCUGCGCCACACGUUCUACAAUUUCGCCGCCACCUCCCAACAUCACCGACUACGAUAUAUCGCUCGCGGCGGGUCAAGAUGACGUCGAGAGCCUUAUACCAUUCGCUGUCCAAUUCUCGGUGCAUGUGCCCCAUCGCUCGACUGCAGAGAGUGCACGCAUUGCCAUGGGCAGGUAUCAGACGGGAAAGUCUGGAUUUGUCGUAUUGACGGAACGCCUACUGCGUAUACGGUUCUACUUGGACGACCAACACCGCGCACCAUUGCUAUUCACAAUGUCUACGUACUUCCGGAGUACCGCCGCAGAGGCAUCACCGAGGCUAUGGUGA